AUGGCUCUAUCCACGCUGUACCUCGCUGUCCUGCUGCUCUCCCUGGGACAUGCGGAGCUAACUGACUCCCCACCUGGCGACUCGUGCUCAGCUGGCGUACCUGGCAGCCCGGGGCUCAACGGGCACAACGGGCAGCCUGGCAGAGAUGGCAGAGACGGCAAAGACGGAGCCACAGGACCUAAAGGGGACAGAGGAGAACCAGGCGUGUGUGAGUCAGAGCCUGGUCCGCCAGGUAAAAUGGGUCCAGUGGGUCUGCCAGGUAAAAUGGGUUCUGCGGGUCCAGCUGGUCCUCGAGGAGAGAAAGGGGACACAGGACUACCAGGCGAUGUCCAGCCCCUUCAGACAGAUAUCGAUGCCAUUUUGUUGAGAAUUGCUCUUGUGGAAAAAGCUGCAAGUUUCCGUGUCUUCAGAAAGGUGGGAGCCAAGUAUUACGUCACAGAGGGACUGCAAGGCUCAUAUGACGCAGGCCUGAAAUUCUGCAGAGAAGCAGGAGGUGACCUUGUGGUGCCCCAAAAUGAGACGGAGAAUGACGUUCUUCUGAAGAUGCUGACACAGUUAGGGGCAAAAAUAGCAUGGCUUGGUUUUACAGACAGAAAGACUGAAGGCACCUUUCUGGACUCGCGUGGCAGCUCACUGAGCUUCACGAAAUGGAGAAGUGGUGAGCCCAAUGAUGGGGGCAGCAAGGGGGAGGAGGACUGUGGUAUGAUGUAUGUUGACAAGUACAACGGCUUGUGGAAUGAUGUUGAAUGUGACAGAAACUAUCACAUAGUGUGUGAAAUAACCAACUAAAAUAAAUAUCACAAUGCACAGCUGGUAACAGAUCUAGGCUAUA